AUGGAUGAAUAUAAAAUAAAGAAAAUAAUAUCAAAUAAUUAUGGAAGAUUGGUCUUGUUAGUUGAAGAUAAAGAUGAAAAGUUUUUUAUUUGCAAAGUAUUAUUAAAUGAUGAAAAUAGUAAAAUAGAAUUAAAGAGUCUGAUUAGAUUCUCCCAAGAAAAAUACUCUCAUUUAAAUAUUAUCAAAUACAGAAAACAUUUUAUGGUUAACCAAAAUGAUAUAGAUUUGUUAAUAAAUAAUAGCAAUAUUGACAAUGGUAAUAAGAGUAGUAAUAAUAGUGACAAUAGCAAUAAUAGUAGUAACAAUAGUAGCAAUAGUGAUACCAUCAACGAUAACAACGAAAAAAUAUGUAUAGUUACAGAUUAUUAUAAUCAUAAUGAUUUAUCUAAAGUAUUGUUUCUCGACUCAUUUAGAAAUAAUAGAUUAUCAACAAGAGAUUUUUUACCAAUAUUUCUUAGAGUAUUGAUAGCUUUGGCAGAGUUUGAAAAGCUAGAUAGCUUUCACAGAGAUAUUAAACCAGAAAACUUAUUCAUUCAAAAGGUAUAUAUAGAUGGAAAUAAAGAAAAUAUACAAGAAAACAAUGUUUACUAUGAUUUUUUUAUUGGUGACUUUGGAACCUUUAAGGAAGUUUCUACUGUUUGCUCCUAUACAAUGGCAAUUGGUACCAAUUCAUUUAUUGCUCCAGACCUUUUUAAAAAAAGUUCCUAUGAUAUCAAAGCAGAUAUUUAUAGUUUGGGUAAAACAAUGGCCUAUGUCACAGAUAAGCUUUUGUUUAGAAGGGGUGUUGUUAAUAGAGUUUACGAUAUUCUAUUACAAAAAAUGGUUUCUGAAACAGCAGAAGAAAGACCAUUCCCAUCACAGUUAAUUCAUUUUAUUUUAAAUGAAUAUAGCUUUUUAAAAAAUCAUAAAGAUUUUAUAGAAUGUUAUAAAAGUCCAGUAUUUUAUAAAUGUUUAGAUAUUAUUAAAUCAAAAAACUAUAACAUUUUAAAUAAUAGAGAGCCUUUAACUAUAAACUGUUUAAUCGAAUCAAAUAACAAUAGUGAGGAUGAUAGCGAAAAUAAAAGUUAUAAUAUUAAUCAUUUUUAUGGUUUCUAUGGCGAUAGUAAUAAAUAUUACAAUAACACUAACACUAGCAAUAAUAAUAGCAAUAACAAUAAGGUUGGUUAUACAGUAUCUUUCUCAUCUUCAAUAGAAACAUCGACAUUUUUUGACCCUAUUGACCAAUCAGAUUCACAUAAAACUUUCUCCUUACCAGUUCCAUCAACAUCAUCCUCCUCAUCAGAUAUACCAGAUCCAUCUUUAUUAUCGCUCCAUAAUAGUGAUAAGCCUUUGUAUCAAUGCAUAGGUAUUAAUAGAGGUCACUCAAGUACCUUAUACGUUUUAGUUAAAAAUAAUUUAAAUAAUAAUAACAAAAACAAUAAUAAUGAUAAUAGCCCAGAAAAUAUUUUAAAUAUUAUAAAAUUUAACAAUAUCUAUGCAUUUCAUAUGAAAUCAAUAAAAAGCACAUUGCGUCUAAUUAAAAGCAGUAUUUUAAGGAAAUAUAUUUCAGUAAGAUAUUGCACAGUUAACGGAAAUGUUCAUUUUUAUGAUGAUUUUUUAAAAUAUGAAGAGCCGGAUGAUUUUUUAGAAGAUGGUGGAAUGAUAAUAUUCCCAAUGGAUCACAAAAUAUCAUCAAUAUUAAGAAGUGAAAAUCAAGAUAGUAAAGAUGACAAAUCAAACCAAGAAUUAAAAUGGAUGCUAGGUCUUCAUCUUUUAUUAAUAAUGUAUAUAUUGGAGAAUAAGAUCGAUAAGUCUUCAGAGCUACACGCAAAUUUUUAUUAUUUCUUUUAUUAUUUUACCUCAAUAAACCAGUACUAUUUUGACGAAGAAAACAAACUAAAAGCUAACCUUGUAUCUAGUCCAAAAGAUUGUUGUGCUCGAACAAAAAAAGAGGUUCUUUCAGAAAUAGUUAAUGACCAUUUGAAUGACCCAAUUCUCAAAACUAUUGUCGAAAAAACAAGUAAUGAGAGUUCAAACCUUUGGUCAACAGAAACGGCUUUAAAGUUUUUAUAUGAUUCAAUAAAAGAAAUCCAAAAAGAAAAUAAUGAACCAUAUCCACUUCUCUCAAGCUAUUUCAAAGAUAUCGAAGAUUAUAAUAUAGGAAGUAAACAAUUGGGCUUUGUUAAAGAUUUUCUAUAUACCAAUAACCAUACCUACAGAGUUAUAAAUGAAGAAAUUACAUUUGAAUACAUUGACCCAAUUUUAAAAAAUGAUUUUUUUUAUUUUAAAUGUUGUUUAGAGUUAGAUGGGAAUUAUUAUUUAGUUAAGCAAUUUAAUUAUACCUCAACGUACCUUAAUGCAAAAAGAGAAAAAACCAUUCAUAAGCAAAAUUUUCAAGUCUAUGAUCAGUAUAUAGAUGCUAAUCAGCUAAUUUAUUUUAUUUACAAGUUUCCAAGUUCAGUAACCAUUAAAAAUUCAAAAAUUAUUGAAAUAGAAAGUUUAAAUAAUAAAAACUACUAUGAUAUUAACAAUGAUGUUAAUUUUUUGUUUAGGGAUUUCAUUAUUCAAUUUUACCAAUAUUUAAAAGAUAUAGACCACAACAAUUUAAUGUUUGUUUGUAAAAGAUUUUAUUACUUUUUUACCACCCAAGAUACUUUAGUAAUAGAUUAUUUUACAAAUUUUGAAAGGAUUUUAUUUGGAAGAUGCCCCGAGGUUAAACACAACUUUAACCAAUUUAUAAUUUAUUUCUAUAAUUUAAAGGAGUUGAGGUGUCUAUAUAAUUGCGAUUCUAUUUAUUCAUAUAUCAAAUGUAAAAUUAUUGAACAAAAAAAUUAUAUAAAAUAUCCAAAUUUAGACUCUAUGGUUGUUCUCCGGUUUGGAAUAAAAACAUACCAACUAAUAGAUAUUUUUCCAAUCUAUAAACAUCUAAAAAAUGAUGAUCAAUCUUUAAUUUUAAUUUUAAAAGAAGACGGUAGCCCGAACUAUUUUAUUUGUUUUUACAAUAAAAGAAAUAUUGAAUCCAAAAAUAAAUAUUCUUUAAAAACCUAUAAAGCCUAUAGCAGUCUGGAAGAAUCGUUAAAAAUUCAAUUUCCUGAAUUUACAAUCCAUAACCAAUCUAAGUUUUUCCAUUUUUAUAAAUAUACAGAAUCCUUUUUGACCGAUGUAGUUAAUCAACUGACAACAGUCGAAAAUUUUUUUGGAGACUAUACAAAAGAACAAGAAAUUGGAUUACUUUUAUACUUUAUUUAUAUUUUAAAAUCAAUUUCAAAUUUUGAAGAGCUAAGCGAGCCAUUCUUAAUCGAAGAUCGCUUCUUUAUAAUGAAUGAUGGAAAAAAAAACUAUUUCUAUAUUGAUUUAUAUUUCUAUUUAGAGAAAUAUAGUAAAAAUUUAGGUUGGAAUAACUAUCUUUAUAGUAUAGAAAAUUUAAAUAAUAAACACUUUUUAAAUCCAAUAAAAGAAUACUUUCAAAUGAAUCAAGAACUAAUCCUUAAAAAGAAACUAUGUAAAGAUUUGUUUGACUGUGAAUGGGUAUCAAGUAUAAAACCAAUCUAUGUUAGAAUUAAAUCAGUAUUAAAUUCAAAGAUUUCGGAAGUUAUAUAUAAUAAAAAGAGUUAUAUUCAAAAAAUGGUCGGCAAAGGAUAUAAUUGUGAUGAACAUAAUAUUUAUUGUUAUAUAGUUUCAAAUAUUAAAUCAAUGGAAGAGUACCCCAGCAACAUAGUAAAAUAUCAUACAUCAUAUUCAUUAAAUGGCAACUCCUAUAUUGUUAUUGAUAAGUGCAAGGGAGAUUUAAAGAAUAUUUUAGAUUCAAAACUAUAUUUAAAUGAAAAUGAAAUGGUAAUUUUAUUAUAUGAUUUAAUAUGUUCACUAAAACAACUAAAUCAAUUCGACAUUGUUCAUAGAGAUAUAAAACCAGCAAAUGUUUUAAUGGACAAAAAUGGGAAAUAUUUAUUAGCAGAUUUCGAACUAUCGGUAGUUCAAAAUAAUAAAGAUGUAACUACGGGUAAAGAAGUAAAAUAUUUCAAAAGAUCACUAUAUGACAGAGAUGGCACAAUUCAUUUUCAAAGUCCAGAAAUCUAUUCGUUGGAAUAUAGAAGCAAAUAUUUAGAUAACAACCAUAAUUAUAAAAUGGAUAUUUAUAGUGUUGGCUCAAUAUUUCUAGAAUUAUUAUUUAGCUUUGAGAGUAAUGUUAUUAAAAAAAAAUUAGAUUAUAACCAAGACACCUUUUCAAAUUUAAAAAUAAUAGCUGGAAAAAUGACUUUAUUUCAUUAUGAUGAAAGAAUAGAUUUGUUAAAUCUUGAGCAAUUAUUCAACAAAAGUUUCCCAAAUUUUAAAAGAUAA